GCCGUGGAAAACCUCUGCUCUCACAGAGCCUCGCCCACUCUCUACAGACAGCUGCGCCAGGCCUGCGAGGACCACGUCCAGGCCCAGACCCUGCAGUUCCGAGGAGACUCGCUAGAUAGUGUCUUAUUCUUAAAGAAGAUUAACACGUGCUGGCAAGACCACUGCAGACAGAUGAUCAUGAUCAGAAGCAUCUUCCUGUUCCUGGACCGCACCUACGUCCUGCAGAACUCCAUGCUGCCUUCUCUCUGGGACAUGGGACUAGAGCUGUUUAGAAACCACAUCAUCAGUGACAAGAUGGUGCAGAGCAGGACCAUCGACGGGCUGCUCCUGCUCAUCGCACGGGAGCGGCACGGCGACGCGGUGGACCGCAGCCUGCUGCGGAGCCUGCUGGGCAUGCUCUCCGACCUGCAGGUGUAUAAGGACUCCUUCGAACUGAAGUUUUUGGAAGAGACUAACUGUCUGUAUGCUGCAGAAGGCCAAAGGUUAAUGCAGGAAAGAGAGGUUCCAGAAUACCUUCACCAUGUGAACAAGCGACUGGAAGAAGAAGGAGACCGCGUCCUCACAUACCUGGAUCACAGCACGCAGAAACCCCUGAUCGCCUGUGUGGAGAAGCAGCUGCUAGGAGAGCACUUAACAGCAAUUCUGCAGAAAGGGCUGGACCAGCUGCUGGACGAGAACAGGGUUCCCGACCUCACGCAGAUGUACCAGCUCUUCAGCCGGGUGAAGGGCGGGCAGCAGGCGCUGCUGCAGCACUGGAGUGAGUACAUCAAGACCUUCGGGACAACCAUUGUCAUCAACCCUGAGAAGGAUAAAGACAUGGUCCAAGACCUCCUGGACUUCAAGGACAGAGUGGACCGCGUGAUCGAGGUGUGCUUCCAGAGGAACGAGAGGGCCGUGAACCUGAUGAAGGAGUCCUUCGAGACGUUCAUCAACAGGAGGCCCAACAAGCCGGCUGAGCUCAUCGCGAAGCACGUCGACUCCAAGCUCCGAGCAGGCAACAAAGAGGCCACGGACGAGGAGCUGGAGCGGGUGCUGGACAAGGUCAUGAUCAUGUUCCGGUUCAUCCACGAGUGCGGCGCGGCCUUCACCAGCAAGCUGGAGGGCAUGUUCAAGGACAUGGAGCUCUCCAAGGACGUCAUGGUCCACUUCAAGCAGCACAUGCAGAACCAGAGCGAGCCCGGCUCCAUCGACCUCACGGUGAACGUCCUCACCAUGGGCUACUGGCCGACCUACACGCCCAUGGAGGUGCACGUGCCUCCAGAGAUGGUCAAGCUGCAGGAGGUCUUCAAGACGUUCUACCUGGGGAAGCACAGCGGCCGGAAACUCCAGUGGCAGACCACCCUGGGGCACGCCGUCCUCAAAGCAGAGUUUAAGGAGGGGAAGAAGGAGCUGCAGGUGUCCCUGUUCCAGACGCUGGUGCUGCUCAUGUACAACGAGGGCGACACGUUCACCUUCGCCGACAUCAAGAUGGCCACCGGGAUCGAGGACAGCGAACUGCGGAGAACACUGCAGUCCCUGGCCUGCGGCCGAGCUCGGGUUCUGAUCAAGAGUCCCAAAGGGAUGGAAGACGGAGACAGAUUUGUGUUCAACGGGGAGUUCAAGCACAAGCUGUUCAGGAUCAAGAUCAACCAGAUCCAGAUGAAGGAGACCGUGGAGGAGCAGGCGAGCACCACCGAGCGCGUGUUCCAGGACCGCCAGUACCAGAUCGAUGCCGCCAUUGUCCGCAUAAUGAAGAUGAGGAAGACGCUGGGGCACAGCCUGCUGGUGUCGGAGCUGUACAACCAGCUCAAGUUCCCCGUGAAGCCUGGAGAUUUGAAGAAGAGAAUUGAAUCUCUUAUCGAUAGAGACUACAUGGAGAGAGACAGAGACAGCCCCAAUCAGUACCACUAUGUGGCCUGACGUGCCGGAGGCUGUUUUCCUCGGUGCAGCCCCAGGGCGUCUGUUCCAGGCAGUGCGGCUGCGAGUUCCCGGCUCCAGGUGGAACCAGCCCGGGCACUUGGGACUGGAAGGAAGGGAGAUGGCUCUGGGUCACCCUUCCCGAGGCUCCAGAUUUUCCCAUGGCAUAUGUGCCCCCCCAGCCCUCCCCUAGUUCUCUUAGGCAUUUAAAUGGUUUCUGUUGCCCCGUGCA